UAAAGACAAGAGAAGAAGAAAGACACCGGGCUAGUUCCGCUCACUGCGUAAUAGCAAUCUGACUGGAGUAACUCUAAUCACCGCUGUUCUGGUCAAGAAGGCCAAAUAGCGAAAAGCGUCAUGUUGCGUCUGCCAACCGUCGGCCGGGCUCUGGCCGGAGCCGCCAAGAGCAGCCUGGCUCCCUCCACUACAGUGCGUACUUCAGUGCGUGCAGCCAGCAACAUGGUGGAGGUGUUUGUGGACGGUAAACCAGUGGAGGUGGAGCCUGGAACCACUGUGCUGCAGGCCUGUGAGAAAGCAGGAAUCCAGAUCCCGAGGUUCUGUUACCACGAGCGCCUCUCAGUGGCUGGAAACUGUCGUAUGUGUCUGGUGGAGAUCGAGAAAGCUCCAAAGCCUGUUGCGGCGUGUGCAAUGCCCGUUAUGAAAGGCUGGAACAUCCUCACCAACUCAGAGAAAACACGUAAAGCAAGAGAGGGAGUGAUGGAGUUCUUGUUGGCCAAUCAUCCUCUGGACUGUCCGAUCUGUGAUCAGGGAGGAGAGUGCGACCUGCAGGAUCAGUCGAUGCAGUUCGGCUCAGACCGUAGUCGAUUCUCAGAAGGAAAGAGAGCAGUGGAGGACAAAAACAUUGGACCACUCAUCAAAACCAUCAUGACCCGCUGCAUCCAGUGCACACGCUGUGUCCGUUUUGCCAGUGAGAUCGCUGGCGUCGAAGACCUGGGAACGACAGGACGAGGAAACAACCUUCAGAUCGGGACGUACGUGGAGAAAAUGUUCAUGUCAGAGCUGUCAGGAAACGUCAUCGACGUCUGCCCUGUGGGAGCGCUCACCUCCAAACCAUACGCUUUCACCGCACGACCAUGGGAGACCAGGAAAACAGAGUCUGUGGACGUCCUGGAUGCUGUGGGCAGCAACAUCGUGGUGAGCACAAGAGGCGGCGAGGUGAUGAGGAUUAUGCCUCGGCUGAAUGAAGACGUCAACGAAGAGUGGAUCUCUGACAAGACCAGGUUUGCUUAUGAUGGUCUGAAGAGACAGAGAUUGACGCAGCCAAUGGUGAAGGACGAUUCAGGCCAGCUUACCCCGACAACGUGGGAGGACGCUCUGACUCGUGUUGCUGGAGCACUGCAGAGCGUGCAGGGCAGCGAGGUUGCAGUCAUCGUCGGCGGCAUGGCAGAUGCCGAAGCUCUGGUCGCCCUCAAAGAUCUCCUCAAUAGACUCGACUCAGAGAGCCUCUGCACUGAGGAGCUUUUCCCCAUGGCAGGAGCAGGCACUGACCUGCGCUCUAACUACCUGUUGAACUCUCGCAUCGCCGGCAUCGAGGACUGCGACCUUUUGCUGCUCGUGGGAACGAAUCCACGCUACGAAGCCCCGCUGUUCAAUGCAAGAAUCCGAAAGAGCUGGCUCCACAACGAGCUGCAGGUAGCCAUGGUGGGUCACAAAGUCGAUCUGAGCUACUCGUACCAACACCUGGGAGAGGAGACGUCUGUGCUGAAGGAGCUCGCUGAUGGCACACACCCCUUCUGCCAGACUCUCGCAGCAGCAAAGCGUCCCGUCGUCGUCGUGGGCAGCAGCGCUCUUCAAAGAGGGGACGGGGCUGCCAUCCUGAGCACCGUCUCCACCAUCGCUCAGAACGCCAGAGCCAGCAGCGGCGUGGAGGAAGGCUGGAAGGUGCUCAACGUCCUGCACAGAGUGGCCAGUCAGGUGGCUGCACUGGAUCUGGGCUACAAACCUGGUGUGGACGCCAUCCGGAACAACCCGCCCAAAGUCCUCUUCUUGCUUGGAGCAGAUGCCGGAUGCAUCACCAGAGCUGACCUGCCCAAAGACAGCCUCAUCAUCUACCAGGGUCAUCAUGGAGACAUCGGAGCUCCUAUGGCCGACAUCAUCCUACCUGGCGCUGCGUACACGGAGAAAAACGCCACCUAUGUGAACACUGAGGGGCGGAGCCAGCACACCCGCGUGGCUGUAACAGCUCCUGGGUUGGCGAGAGAGGACUGGAAGGUCAUCAGAGCAGUUUCUGAGCUGGCUGGUGUGUCGCUGCCCUACGACUCUCUGGAGGAGGUCCGAUCCAGGUUAGCCGAGGUCUCUCCUAAUCUGGUCCGCUAUGAUGACGUGGAGGAGGCCAACUACUUCAAGCAAGCUAACGAACUCGCCAAGGCUGUGAACCAGGAUCUCCUCGCUGCUCCUCUGGUUCCUCCUCAAAUCUCCGCAAAGGACUUCUACAUGACAGACUCGAUCAGCAGAGCGUCACAGACGAUGGCGAAGUGCGUGAAAGCCGUGACAGAAGGAGCCGCCGCCGUAGAAGAGCCGUCAGUUUGCUGAAAACUCUACGACACUGACAUAAACGAUAACGACUCGUCUCUGCCAUAACAACACGAACACGUCUGAACUCAGCGCUGCUCCUUAUUUAAAGUCGUCCUCCAUGCUUAAUGUAAAUCGUUUUCACUCCUGCAGCUGGAACGAUGUUUGUUGAAUAAAAGUGAGAAAUGUAUGAAUAUGAAUAAAUCUUAAUGUCUGUACUCCUGAA